UAGGGUGCUCGUAGGUUACAACAGAUGUUACAGAACAGGAAAGAUGAUGAAAUUGAAGAGUACUACAAGAAGAAAUAUGCUGAGUCCAACGAGAAGGAUCCAAACUUGUGGACAAUUAAGUGCAAGAUAGGAGAAGAAAAAGCUACAGUCAUUGGUCUAAUGAGGAAGGCCAUAGCACAGCAGUUCACUGAUGAGCCUUUACAAAUCAAGUCUGCAGUUGCUGUAGAGGGGUUGAAAGGUUACAUCUACAUAGAGGCAUAUAAACAAACCCACGUCAAACAGGCUAUUGAAGGAUUUGGUACACUACGUCUGGGUAAAUGGACUCAACAGAUGGUGCCUAUCAAAGAAAUGACGGAUGUCCUCAAAGUUGUYAAGGAAGUUGUAGCAYUAAAGGCAAAACAGUGGGUUAGGUUAAAACGAGGGAUUUACAAGGAUGAUUUGGCACAGGUUGAUUAUGUCAACACUGCAAGAAAUCAGGUUACACUUAAAAUGAUACCAAGAAUUGAUUAUAGUCGCACAAGGGGAACUCCACGCACUGCUGAGGAUCAGGAAAAGAGAAAGCGGAAGAGGAAACCACCACAAAAAUUAUUUAUUGCUGAUGAAGUAAGGUCGAUUGGUGGAGAGUUAAACCAAGAUGGUGACUUUAUCAUUUUUGAAAACAAUCGCUAUCGUGGUGGAUWCCUCUACAAAACACUAGCMAUGUCUGCUGUAGUGUCAGARGGWAUCAAGCCAACACUACAAGAAUUAGAGAAAUUUGAAGCUGUYCCAGAGGAYGUAGAGCUUGAGAUGCCAAUCAAAAGCAAGAGUACAGAUGAAAAUAAGCAUACAUUYUGCCCUGGUGAUAAUGUUAUUGUUGCUGAUGGAGAAUUAGUGAAUUUACAGGGAAAAGUGAUGAGUGUUGAAGGUGAUAAGAUCACUAUGAUGCCUUCGCAUGAAGAUCUCAAGGAACCCCUUGAAUUUACAGCAAUGGAGCUUGAAAAGCAUUUUAAAAUGGGUGACCAUGUCAAGGUUAUUGGUGGUCGAUAUGAGGGUGAUACUGGACUUAUUGUACGCGUAGAAGAUACUGCUGUAUUAUUCUCAGAUCUAACAAUGCAUGAACUCAAAGUGUUUCCCAAAGAUCUACAGCUCUGUUCCGAGAGAAGCAGUGGUGUAGACUCCAUGGGMCAGCAUCAGUUUGGUGAUCUUGUMCAGCUUGACCCACAGACAGUUGGUGUUAUUAUUCGUCUUGAUAGAGAUACAUUCCAAGUAUUGAAUCAGCAUGGUAAAGUAGUUCAGGUCAAACAUCAAGCUGUUGGUAGAAGAAGAGAGAAUAAAGGUGCUGUGGCUUUGGACUCUGAACAGAAUACUGUACAAGUGAGAGACAUUGUGAAAGUCAUUGAUGGACCUCAUCUUGGUCAGCAGGGUGAAAUCAAACAUCUUUACCGUAGUUUUGUGUUCAUCUACUCCAAGAUGAUCAUUGAAAACAGUGGUAUAAUAGUAUGUAAAUCCAGACACAUUGUACUGGCUGGUGGAGGCAAGGCAACUACUAAUAGUUUUGGUGGAAUUGGUUCCUUUGCUCCGGCUUCACCAAGAAUUACUAGCCCUGCCAGGGAUACGGGUGGAGGAGGACGAGGUCAGUCACCCAGAGGGGGUGGUGGUGGUGGUGGGGGUGGUGGUGGUGGUGGUAGAGGGCGUGGUAGGGGUCGCGGAGGAAGAGAUAUGACAAUUAUUACCCAGACAGUUCGAAUAUGUCAAGGACCAUAUAAAGGCUAUAUUGGCAUUGUUAAAGAUGCCACGGAAACAACAGCCAGAGUUGAACUCCACAGCAACUGCAAAACAAUAUCCGUAGACAGAGGGCGUCUCAACAUCAUCAGCGGGCCAACCAGAGCUGGGUCUUCUUCAUAUGCACGUACACCRAUGUAUGGRUCACAGACACCAAUGUACGGGUCCCAGACACCUAUGCAUGGCUCUAGGACACCCAUGUAUGGGUCCCAGACACCCACUCAUGGCGAUGGAAGCCGUACUCCUCACUAUGGUUCARUGACACCUUCCCAUGAUCCUUCACGAACACCACUUCACGGUGGAGCCUGGGAUCCAACUCAGCCCAAUACUCCUGCUCGCAAUGACGACUUUGAUUAUGGAUUUGAUGCUUCAACACCGUCACCUGCUAAUUACGCUCCAAAUACUCCAAACCCAGCCACCCCCGGUGCGUACACAGGACCRUAUACUCCGAAUACCCCGGGUGCCGGUAUGUACGGCUCAGAACCAACAUAUUCUCCUUACACACAGUCGCCUUCUCCUGCCGGCUAUGGAAAUCCGGUAACCCCAGGAGGUAGCAUUCCUCCCGUAUCACCGGCAUAUAACCCACAUACGCCCGGUUCUGGAAUGGAAGAACACGGCCCUGGWGAAUGGGUCACUACGGACAUUGAGGUCCGGGUGAAUAUGAAUCACGAGGACCCGCAGUUAUUGGAUAAAGUAGGAGUAAUUCGUAAUGUCAAUGKGGAUAUAUGUACAGUCUACCUCUACGAUGAAAAGAGGAAUAUUAGCAUACCUGCAUCAAACAUUGACUCGGUUGAACCAUCCAAACAAGAAAAGGUCAAAGUAAUUUUUGGCGACGAUAGAGAAUCUACAGGAACACUGAUCAAUAUUGAUGCAGAGGAUGGUAUCAUCAAGAUGGAUCGAAACGACCAACUCAAGAUUCUUCCACUAAAACACUUGGCAAAGAUUUCUAAUGUUACUGACUAGUCUACCGUUCUAUUUAAUACAUGCCAUGGAUACCGUUACGUAGGUGACUUCCUAGAUACCGGUUUCUAUAGCAACCCGUAGCUAUGGUUCCUUGCAAAUGCUAAAAUCGUUAGAUUGCAGUUCUUGCGAAGGAAUUUCUAAUACAGUUGUUAUAGAAACGYUUCUGAUGUUAACAGUUUCUAUAGAAACGUCCGUGGUAUCGAUAGUUGCCAUAGAAACACGUUUAAUAUGCAUGGACAGCGGUAGCGUAGUUCUGUCURUAACUAUGAAGUCUUACAAUGUAACUCAGGCCUGAUAUCUGUGUUACUGUAUUCCUUGUUUGUAUUGGUUUCGYUGUUGUCUGCAUACCGCCAGACAACUCAGCGUUCGUUCUUGUUGCUGUUUUUAAGUCCUGUCCAUGGAACUUCUGUAAAACAACGCUAAUUCUUUGUAGUUAAUCUUCAUUUUAAAUUAAACGAUGAUACACAGUCUUUUACUGAUUCACUUGUUGAUUGUAAACUCGUUAACAUGUUCUAGAAAGUCUUUUAAACUAUUUGAAUAGCUUUUUGAUAGUCUUAAACUCGUUAAACUGGUUUUUGAUAGUGCAUUAAACAGGUUUCUAAUCGA